AUUAGGAGAGCGAGAUUGAAAACCAGAAAGGAAACAUUGGCACCACGCCCUAGGAAUGCUACUAACAGAGUGCCAAUGGUAGUGACAUACCAUCCAAGUCUUCCUAACACUGGUAGUAUCCUACGAGAACUUCAGCCGCUCUUGCAUUGCUCAGAAAAAUGCAGGAAAGCCAUCAAAGGCGUACCCUUCAUGGCAUUUCGAAGACCUAAGAGCCUGGGGGACUACUUAGUACACGCUAAACUCAGGCUGUCAACGCGUAUGCAGCGGAACUCGAAGGGGACAGUGUUGUGUGAUAACAGAAGUUGCCAGGACUGUAAGUACCUGGAACCAGGAGAAAGGUUUUAUUCUUACAGAACUGGAAAGAGCUAUACAAUUAACUACCAACUGGACUGUAUUAAUAGUAAUGUUGUCUACUUGCUGUCCUGUAAGGUUUGUCAUGUGCAGUACGUUGGUUCAACAGCAACAAAAUUUAGGCUUAGGUUUGACAAUCAUAAGGCCCGUUUUAGGGCGCAUUCCAGGCUUUCUUUUGAGGGUAGAAACAAGGAUGAUCUUUUGUAUAGACAUUUUUUCGGCCCGGGACACCAUGGUCUUGAGGAUGUCAGUAUACAGUUAAUUGACAGAGUAUCCGGGGAAGAAUCAGCUCUC